AUGGUAUGUACAAGCUGGGCGGCUACCCUGCUGGACGCGGACUCCCUGAUACAGCACCUUUUCACUUCCUACAACACCGAACUACGUCCAGUCCAAGACCAGGGUCAGUCUGUCAAUGUCUCCAUUGGCAUGACCCUUAUCUCCAUUAACAGUUUUGAUGAAAUAGCUGGAGUGAUAUCAGUUUCCGGUGGACUACACCUGUCAUGGACAGACGAAACACUCACAUGGGAUCCAAAUUCGUAUGGCAAUUUGACAUAUAUCACUACUUCACUAAACAAAAUAUGGCAUCCAAACCUAUUUUCUGCAGACCCGUUAGCUAAAGCUUUUUAUGUUGGACACGACCAGUUCAAGGUCAAGAUUAUGUCACACGGACAAGUUAGUUGGAUUAACGGAGGUCUUCUGAGGGGACGGUGUAUACCCGAUGUAAGCGAAUUCCCCUUUGAUACACAAACAUGCAAAUUAGAAUUUUUUCCAAUAGGAUACACACCCAGUGAAAUCUCGUUCACAAUGGUGUCGUCUGCCGUAGACCUUGGGUAUUUCCGACAGAACAGUGAAUUUAUUCUCACAGGAUCGAAGACUAAUGUACAAUCCUAUGUUGGUGAUGUUGCGGAAUUCUACCUAAUCAUACAAAGAAGACCGCUGAAUUUUCUGGUCAGCGUUAUCUUUCCGAUUGUAAUGUUGGCACUCAUCAAUCCGCUGGUCUUCGUUCUACCGUUCACGUCGGGGGAGCGGUCAUCCUACAGUAUCACCGUAUUACUAGCCUUUACCGUGUAUAUGACCGUGGUCAGUGACAAGAUGCCCGAAUCUUCUGACCCUAUAUCUUACCUCUCCUACUACAUCCUGACACUACUCGCCAUCAGUACACUCAUCGUCGCCGUCAACGUCCUUCAAAUACAGAUACAGGCAAACGAAGAAAAACGUCCACUUCCACAAUGGAUUUGUAACUUGAUACUUGUUCUCAGGGAAGUAGACAGAAGAGUGAAAGGGAACGAUUUGGACGAUCCCUAA